AUGCCCCGGGCCAUCCUUUACCUUACUUUAUUUUUGGUAUUUUAUAGCGAGGCUGGAAAAAUUUUGGUAUAUUCGCCAUCGAUAAGCCCCAGUCAUAUCCUAAGUAAUGGUCGAAUUGCGGAAACGUUAGCUGAAGCCGGCCAUGAAGUGGUAGUGCUGAUCCCUGAACUUCUGAAAUCCUUGGCCAACUACACCGCUGGGAUUAAAAAUGCAAAAAUUAUCAGGAUCCCGGGCAUCGGAGAACCCUACGAAUCUCUAGGGUUUGAAGGAGAUUUAAUGGAAUCCGAAUUUGUCCCUCUAAAAAUGCGAACGGAUUGGGAAGUGGCUGUAACGGAUAGUUGUGCAAAUAUCCUUGACCAUAAAGAUGUCCUCGAUUCACUGCGUGCCAUGCAUUUCGACGCCGCUUUCACCGAACAAAUUGAAUUUUGUGGAAUUGGAUUGAUACACCAUCUUGGCAUUAAAAAUCUGUUAUGGUUGUCGACUACACCGUUGAUGGAUGCGAAUAGUUAUAAUUUAGGCAUCCCACAGCCAACAUCUUAUGUCCCAGUCAUUGAAGAGACCGCUCAGGGCGAUAGAAUGACAUUUUGGGGGCGUCUCGACAAUCAGAUUAACUAUUUCAAAUCGAUGUACGUCCACCAUUACGGCACUGACCUAAUGACGGAGAAACUGGCAAAGACGAUGGAAAAGGGGCGAUUAGGGGUUGUGUUCUUCUCUCUCGGAUCUGUCGCGCUUUUCGACACAAUCCCGCUGCCCGUACGACAGCAAAUUAUUAGGGAUUUUGCUGCAAUGAAGGAUUAUCAUUUUGUGAUAAAGAUCUCGAAUGAGGACGACACCACUGACAAGCUUCUCGCUGGCAUCCCAAACAUCGAAACAGUUCACUGGAUCCCGCAGUCAGAUUUGCUAGGUCACCCGCGUUUAAAAUUGUUCGUCACUCAUGGAGGAAUCAAUGGAAUGAUUGAAGCCGUGCAUAGAGCUGUACCACUUGUCGUCGUCCCAAUGUUCGCCGAUCAAUUCCGCAAUGGUAGGAAUGCCGAGAGGCGCGGGAUCGGCAAGAUGAUCAGCAAACUACAAUUAGACCAAGUCGGAAAAGAAGUCAAGAAGAUCCUUUCAGAUGAAAGCUAUGCAAAUGCAGCAAAAGCACUCGCGAAGAAAGUGAAGGCACAUCCCUACCAAGCCAAGGAGGUGCUUUUGCGGUGGACUGAAUACGUCCUUGCCUAUGGGCCUCUAGAUGAUCUUACUUUGGAGGGCUCAAAGAUGGGCCCGAUUACAUACUUUAAUCUGGAUGUCCUGGCACUGCUAAUGGUGCCUCCGCUGCUUUUCGUGCUGGCCAUCUUCUUUGCGAUCAGGGCUACUUAUCGAUUAUGUUGCUCUGGAGGAAAGCAGAAAAAGGAA